GUGGGCGCAUUUAUUCUUUGAGUAAUUCACUCUGCUACUUUCUAUGUUAUCACUCUUUUUUUCCCAAACAAAUCUUCUCUCUCACCAUCUCCUCGAAUCGCGAGACCUACAAACCAUUUUCUACUGCUUCUUCGUAUCUCACUCUCUGUACAUACCAGGUGAAUAAACAGAGAAACCGUUAGAAUGUCGCCGGACGGCGAAAAAACUAAAGAAGGAGUUCAUGAGAUAGGAAAUUCGGUUCCGCCUUUUCUGAGCAAAACGUAUGACAUGGUGGAUGAUCGGUCGACGGACUCUGUUGUGUCGUGGAGUAAGAGUAAUAACAGUUUCGUGGUAUGGAAUGUGCCGGAGUUCUCCAGGGAUAUUUUGCCAAAGUAUUUUAAGCACAAUAACUUUUCCAGCUUCGUCAGGCAGUUGAAUAUUUAUGGUUACAAGAAGGUUGAUCCAGACUGCUGGGAAUUUGCAAAUGAGGGAUUUCUUAGAGGCCAAAAGCACCUCUUGAAGACUAUAAGUAGGCGAAAACCCUCUCAAAUGCAGGUUCAUCAGGAGACUGCCUCCCAAGUGCAAAGUUUAUCUGUUGGAUCUUGUGUUGAAGUUGGCAAGAUUGGAAUUGAAGAAGAGGUGGAAAGGCUUAAAAUAGAUAAAAGCAUUCAUAUGGAGGAGCUAGUCAGUUUGAGGCAGCAGCAGAAGGCAACAGAUCACCGCUUGGAGAAUGUUGGGCAGCGUCUUCAGUUAAUGGAGCAAAGGGAACAGCAAGCGAUGACAUUCCUUGCUAAGGCCUUGCAGAGCCCUGGCUUUAUAGCUGAACUGGUUCAUCAACAGAAUGAAGGUAAAAGGCGCAUUCCUGGGAUGAAUAAGAAGAGGAGAUUCCCCAACCAGGAAGAAGAAAAUUAUGCAGCCAAGCAGGUCAGUACUUUGCGUGACAGGCAGAUAGUCCGUUACCAGCCUUUAAUAAAUGAGGCAGCAAAAGCAUUGCUGCAGAAGCUCCUGAAAACUAAUACAUCUGGUAGAUUGGAGACCAUAGUUAAGAACACACAUGGUUUCUUGACUAAUCGUGCCCGUUCUUUUGAAAAUACAUUAGAGACUGGUGGUAUAUCCCCUCAUAUUUCUGAGGUUACUCUUUCGCAAUUGGCAACUUCUUCACAAUCUCAUCUGAUGUCGGAUUCAGGAUUUCCAUUCAACUCUAGUUUAUCUGUCAUUCCUGAGAUCCAGUAUUCCCCUAGUCUGGUUCCUGGGCAAGCCAAGGUCCCUCAGUUUCCUGAAUUAAAUGCGCUCUACUCUAAGACGGACAAUGUGAACCCUGAAUUUUCAGGACAUGGCUUCAAUACACCGGAAACUCAUGAAAUAACUAACCUUAAGCGGCCGGAGACCGGGGAUAUGCCAUACAUUGAAACAAUGCAAGAUAUUGUGGAUGAUGUAGUAUCUAUUAUCCCUGAUGGAUUUUCUAUGGAUGAUGUCUUCUCGGAUGAGAUGCCUAAGCUUCCAGGCAUAAAUGACACUUUCUGGGACCAGAUUCUUUUAGCAAGCCCUCUCACUGGUGAUAAGGAUGAGAUUGGUUCUCUAGCAUUAGGCGAUGGUUUAUCAAAAGAAGAGGAUGUUCCAGAAGUUCAAGAGAGUGAUUGUGAUAAACUGUAGCAUAUGAGUCAUCUUAUUUAACAGAUGGGACUUCUCGCAUCAGGGCUCUCAUAGUGAAUGAAAUUGUGAAUUUUAGUUGAAUCCGGAAAACAUCAAAGGUGAAUGCGCUGUACUGGUGGACUGACAGCGGACUGAUCUUCGCUACAGACGAAGUUGAGUAGAUAAAUAUGUUAUCUGCCUAAUGCAUUUUUGUUUCAAACACUUUGACUAUUUGGAUAUCCAAGUUACCAUGCGGGGUCGGGAAAGGUUGCUAAAAGAUUGUCACUGGUGGAAUAUAUAGAAGUUCUUUUAAAUAUAAUAUAAUGACAAUGAGGAUUUGAUACAGAUGUAAGUAUAACUUUCAAGAAAAUGUGAUAUUGUUAAUCUGCAAAGGUUACUUUAAGCAGAUUUCUCCCAUCAUAUAGUCGAUUCUCUUUCGGGAUA